CAACGCUACCUCUACCGCGUAAGCAACCUGCAACUGCACCAUCAAAACCAUCUCAUCUUUCCAUCAAUCUCCACCAAAUCACAGAACACGAUCGGAACCCAUUCACGCUCUGUUUUCGACUCGAUCCACCACCAUGAGUUUCAUCUUCGGCAAGAGAAAAACGCCCGCAGAGCUACUGCGGGAAAAUAAGAGAAUGUUGGACAAAUCGAUUAGAGAAAUUGAGCGCGAGAGGCAAGGUUUACAAGCACAAGAGAAGAAAUUGAUUUUGGAGAUAAAGAAAAGUGCCAAACAAGGCCAAAUGGGAGCUGUUAGAGUUAUGGCAAAAGAUCUUGUUAGAACAAGGCAUCAGGUUGAAAAGUUUUAUAAGCUAAAAUCGCAGCUCCAAGGUGUAUCUCUCAGAAUUCAGACAUUGAAGUCAACACAAGCAAUGGGUGAGGCGAUGAAAGGGGUGACGAAGGCGAUGGGGCAAAUGAAUAGGCAAAUGAACUUGCCAUCUUUGCAGAAAAUCAUGCAAGAAUUUGAGAGACAGAAUGAGAAGAUGGAAUUGACGACUGAGGUGAUGGGAGAUGCAAUAGAUGAUGCUUUGGAAGGGGAUGAGGAAGAAGAGGAAACAGACGAUCUAGUGAACCAGGUUCUUGAUGAGAUUGGAAUUAAUGUAAACCAAGAGCUUUUGAAUGCACCAUCAUCUGCUGUUGCUGCUCCAGCUGCAAGUACUAAGGUUCCUCAAGUUGAAACUGCAGCGACUGAUGAUGGCGGGAUAGAUAGUGAUUUACAGGCAAGGUUAGACAACUUGAGAAAAAUGUAGUAUUUCCUCCAUGAUAUAGGAACAGAUUUACUGGGAAAAGUGAAGCUUAUGUGUAUCAUAUAACUACAAUUGAUAAGUUGUACCAGGAUUUGAUAAACUCAUGACUAUGCAUAGUUUUUUUUUAUAUAAAUAAAAUUUACUGUUCAGUUUUGAUAA